ACAGGCCUGUCAGAGUCUAUGCGGAUGGAAUAUUUGACCUCUUCCAUUCCGGUCAUGCAAGGGCACUUAUGCAAGCAAAAACACUGUUUCCCAACAGCUACUUGUUGGUUGGAGUUUGCAGUGAUGACCUCACCCACAAAUUCAAAGGUUUCACUGUGAUGAACGAAGCAGAGAGAUAUGAAGCUCUCAGACACUGUCGCUAUGUGGAUGAAGUCAUUAGAGAUGCUCCGUGGACACUCACUCCAGAGUUUCUGGAAAAACACAAGAUUGACUUUGUGGCCCAUGAUGACAUUCCCUACUCUUCUGCUGGUUCUGAUGAUGUUUACAAGCAUAUAAAGGAAGCAGGAAUGUUUGUUCCAACUCAGAGAACGGAAGGCAUCUCAACAUCAGACAUCAUCACCAGAAUCGUCCGUGACUAUGAUGUUUAUGCCCGACGCAACCUCCAGAGAGGGUACACCGCCAAGGAGCUAAAUGUCAGCUUUAUAAAUGAAAAGAAGUACCGCUUCCAAAACCAGGUAGACAAGAUGAAGGAAAAGGUCAAGAAUGUCGAGGAGAGAUCAAAGGAAUUUGUCAACAGAGUGGAAGAAAAGAGUCAUGAUCUAAUUCAGAAGUGGGAAGAGAAGUCGAGGGAAUUCAUUGGCAACUUCCUAGAGCUGUUUGGGCCUGACGGCGCAUGGAAGCAGAUGUUCCAGGAGAGGAGUAGCCGGAUGCUGCAGGCCUUGUCCCCGAAGCAGAGCCCUGUGAGCAGCCCCACCAGGAGCCGGUCCCCCUCCCGCUCCCCGUCGCCCACCUUCUCGUGGCUCCCGAACAAAACCUCACCCCCCUCCUCGCCCAAAGCAGCCUCAGCCUCCAUCAGCAGCAUGAGUGAGGGGGAUGAGGAUGAGAAGUAAAGGCUGCCGGCAGACUGCAAGGGCCACACCACACAGGCUCGGGCGAGGGUGGGGUCACCGGGUGUGCCUGGGUGGGGUUGGAAGGGUAAUGGUCACAGGAGCUGCAGCUCAGCUAAGGGAAAGCCUGGGGACCAGCUCUCCCUCAGUCUCCACUCAGCCUAAGAUUUGGGCUCUGCAUGGAGGUUUCUGGCCGGACAACCUUUACAAACCUUCUUAGCAGCAUCUAGAAUCACUCUACUUUAACCUUGCUAAGGAAUGAUGCAGAGCACCCCCAGGAGAUUUGCACUGAGUCGGGUGUCUUCUGCUUUGGUCCUUACACCCACCCCUACCAAGUCCACCACCCAUGGAAGCGGCUGUUCCCUCAAUCUGCUACUUCCAGCCCAUAAGGGCCCUGCACGUUGCCUCCUACCACCCAAGCUCUGCCAGAAUAAAAGUUGUUUCCGAUA